UUUGUGACGCCCAGUUAUUACGUUAUAUUUAACCAAUAAGAAAUGAAUCGUGACUUCGUCCCAAAACGUUUCAUUUCUUAGAAAAGACCCACCGACAGGUAUUGUAGAGAUGUCUAUGAGCUAUAUAUCUGACCAAACGGCAUACUGUAAUUACCAGACGCAGUAAAAUAUCACGGAACAAAAUUGACUUUUUAUAUCGUAGACUAAAUAAGAUACCAUUAUGGCUUCAUCCUUUCCGGGUAAGUGUAGAGGCAAACUGUUAGCUGAAGAUGAAAAGAAGAUACAAGACAAUUGGUGUUAUCUGAAAGAAAACAUUGAAACUGGCAUAUACACAUUAAUUGACUAUUUCUACAAGAAUUCAUUGAUCGACAUGAAGGUGAAAACACGCCUUCAUAACUGUGAUGAAACAAAGAAAUCAGAGGAAUUAUUAAAUGUUGUAAUGAACAGUGGACCUGAUGGAUAUAAUAGAUUUUUGGAAUGUUUAAAAGAGGCUGGAUUUAAUGGUGUAGUCAAACAAUUAAAAUUAGAAUGUUGCAGUGUUGAUUGUGUGGCAGAGCAUAUAGAAAAGACAGGGAACGAACGAGAAAUAAGAAUUGUUUUAAUUGGUAAAACUGGCGUGGGCAAGAGUUCUUUGGGCAACACACUAUUACAUCUUAUUGGCGAGGACAAAUUUGUAUCUGCCGUGAGUGCCGGUUCCAUAACUGACAGUAAUCUACUAAAAGAAAGGGUAACACGCGUAGACAAGGAAAACAUACUUCUUAAAGUAUUGGAUACUCCUGGCUUAUCAGAUACUCGAAAAUCAAAUACAGAAAUAGCCAGUGAUCUGGUACGAUGCAUUAAUGACCUGGGUCCAGGUCCCCAUGUGUUUGUGUUCGUCUUCAAGAUAGACAGAAUAGAUGACAGUGUUAUGACCAAUAUAGAAUAUUUGAAGGAUAUAUUUGGUGUUUGUUUAGAGAAGUACGGCGUUAUCGUAUUUACAGGUAAGGAUCACCUCGAGGAGAAGCCAUUUGAGGAGUAUUUAAAAACUGCUAAGCCCGAAUUUAAAGUUUUUUUGUCUGAUUAUUGCAAAGACAGAUUUGCUGUCAUCAACAAUAAACACCGCGAUAAGAACGAUGUAGAGGAAAUAAAAAAACUAAUUAUCAAGACCAUCGAGGACAAUGGGUGCGAUUUUUAUCGAAACGAAAUGUAUGAAGAAGCUAAAACUAUGUACGAAGAGAAGUUACGUGUGAUAGAAGAAGAAAAAGUUAAAGUUGAAAAGGAGUUACAAGAUAAAUUCAUUCGGGAGAAGAAAGAAAAAGAAGAAUUAAUUAUUGUCCUUGAUCAAGAGACCAAAGAAAAGAUUAGAAUUGAAGAUCAACUGAAUCGCGAGAAAAGAGAAAAAGAACAAUUAAGAAAUGACUUCAAAGAAAAGCUUGACCAAGAGAUAAAAGAGAAAGUUAAAGUUGAGAAGGAGUGGAAAGAUAAACUCAAUUGCGAGAAAAGAGAAAAAGAAUGAUUAAAGUAUGACUUUGAAGAACGGCUUGACCAAGAGACCAAAGAGAAAGAAAGUUUACAGAACAGAUUAAAGGAUAUGGACAAGUUAAAGGAAGAAUAUAACAACUACCAACAAAUUAUCAAAGAGCACGAACAAAACCAAAAUCUACCUGAUGAAAAUGUGGCUUUUAAACGGGCUCUGGAAAAAACUAACUCACCAAAUGAUUCUGAAAAUAAUGCCACACAUGUGGAAACAAUGGAAUCUUGCGUUGAAGAAUUGAAAAGCAUUGGACAUUUAAAAAAUGUUGAUCUCGCGAAACUAUGUGACCAUCUUUUCACUGAUGGAUAUCUAGAUGCAAUUGAUAAAAGUGAAGUGAUCGAGUCUAAAACAUCAGUUGACACUAUUGACAGGUUAAUGAAAAUUCUGAAAACUAAAGACCGAAAUCAGAACGGUGAGGCCUAUAUAAUCAUUGUCAAAUAUUUAAAAAAUGAAAUUCGAGAUCAUGAUGCCAGCAACAACAGUGAUGAAUCUGUUCCUAACCAAGAGGAUUACAGCAACAGUGAUAAUACAAGCUACCAUUAUGAUACCAUCGACAACCGUGACACUAUCAGAUUCAAGAACAAUACUGGUAUCACAAACACUCAGGACACUGAUGAUACUAUCGAUACCACAAGCACCAACGACACAAAUGAUAAAUUCGACAACCUUGAUAUCACAUGCAGCCAGGACACCAACGACAGUCAUGAUACCAUCGACAACCCUGAUAACACAAACACCCAAGACAGUAACGACACUAAUGUUACCAUCGACAAUCAUGAUACCAAUAGCACUCAGGACACAGACGACACUAAUGAUACUAUCGACAACCUUUAUAACACAAACACCCAAGACAAUAACGACACUAAUGUUACCAUCGACAAUCAUGAUACCAAUAGCACUCAGGACACAGACGACACUAAUGAUACUAUCGGCAACCUUUAUAACACAAACACCCAGUUUUGGAAUACCAAAUUCUAUACUAAAGACCCCUAUCCGGGCUCAGAUUUCAUAACCAGGGGAGAGUAUAAAACAUAUUACCCCCUCCACAACGAAGUUUUAUAUUGUCAAGAUCUGGACAUGUUUAAAGGAGUAUUAGCAGCAUACGGUGAUCUAACAAACUCAGUGGAUAGAUUUGGUGAGACACCUGUAGAAAAAGUCAGAGAGUUGCAGGUAAAGAUAAAUAAAGAUAAAGCUAUAUUACUUAUUAAUGAACUUUAUGGUGACCCGAAACCCCUGCUAAAACUUAUUCAAACAGCACCACAUGAUCUCUCGAACUAUAUAUUUAACCCGUUAUCACCAACACAUGCAUUUGUGUCAUCUGAAGACAACUUGAUGACUCAAUUUUGUUUCGGUACUGUUAAGGAAUUAAGACAACUGUUGCUGCAGGGGCAUGCUAUUAACAGUACAACUAGGACAUACCCAAAAAACAGAUCUUUACUACACGUGGCCUGUGCAUACACUUCUUUAGAAAGUAUGAAGUAUUUGAUUGAUGAGGGAUUCGAUGUUAACAGAAGAGAUGAAUUGGGCAACACGCCGUUAUACUACUGUUGUUGUUUCCAAAGUGAUUCCGUUCAAAAAUUUAAACUGUUAAUAUCGAGAAAUGCUCGGUAUUCUGACAUCGAUAUGAUACGCAUUUUGGAAUUAGCCAUUAGUCGACUCGGAAAAGAAUCUAAACUGGUUAAAUAUUUAAGGAAAAUAUUCCAUGCUAAGUAGAAUCAUUCAUCAUACAGUCGAUCACGAGUCACGAAAAAGAUAGUUCGCAAAACGUGGACAUACGCCCACACAGCAACAAUGUGUCGACAUAAUCACAGAACACUGUUCAACCAGUGACAUGUUAAAACGAAGGAGAAGGUUAAUCUGACUGUAUUUUAUUACUUUAUUAAACAUACAUUAUGCAAGAGCAAAACUUGCUUAUUACAAGUCUUUCUUUAGGCCUGAAAUGUUAUCUAAAUUAUCAAUUAGACAUUAAUUAACUUAUCCAGACCAUAAUAAACUUUCGAUGUCAAGGCUAGCCUUCGAUGUUGGCUGGAUUAGAUUCCUAUAUGCCGCUAACGGCCAUUGAUAAUUAAAUAAAAAAAGUGGAUAAUCGAGACUAUGCUGUUUAUAUUAAUGAUUUUAGUAAUGAUGACCGGUACUAUGCAAAAAUUUCAUCCGCUUCUUUCUCGGCUCAUAGUGGAUCAAUUUGACUGAAAUUUUCAGCAAAUUACCUUUACACUUUCUAGUUUUUAACUAUUAUAGCGAGAACUGCCAUCUCUUUAUCUUAUCUCCCAUAAUGUAUCUUUAAUAUUAUUUAAUUAUUUAGUACUUUUAAUGAUUUGAUUUUAGAACAAAAUGUCUCGUAAGUCGAUAUGGACUGGGCACUGCUAUUAUUUUAUGUAUAUUUUAUGUAAUGUAUAUAUAUUCUUGAAUGCAGUGUUUGACACUAUAAUAAACAAAUUACUUACUUACUUACUUACUACAAAUCAAGUAAAUAGUAAUAAUCUUGUUGACCCCCUCAGUUGAUAAUGAUCAACAGAGUAAAAUAUCCAAUGACAAACAGUGAAAUAAUCGUAAUUUGAUUCGGGUUAAAAAGGCGUGAAAGUCUUACUGGGGAUUACGUUACCAAAUUUGGAUAACAAAUCUUUUAUAGGAUUACAUAACUGUUUGUGGUUUCACUGGGGCAGAGCCACGCCCAUUUUUUGCAUUUGUUUGUCAUCCACAGGCCGCAUUUCUUAACAGAUCCACUUCAAACUUUGCAUACUUAUUCCUUUUACCCCAAGGAUCAUCACAUUGUUUUUGGUGCAUGCCCAGCCCCCAGGGGCGGGUCACGCCUAUUUUCCUUUUGUGUGUCAGUGUGUCGCCUAUAGGCCGCAAUUCUUAAUCGACCGUCUUAAAAACUUUUCAUACUCACUCCUUAUUAUACCUUAAGAAUUACCUCAAAUAUUUUUUGGUGCUUGCCCGACCCCCUGGGACAGAACCACGCCCAAUUUUUGUGUAUAUCUGUAUGUCGCCCACAGACCGCAAUGUGCCGACCCCCAGGGGCAGAGCCACGCCCAAUUUGUAUGUUUAUCGUAUACAGGCUGCAAUUCUGGAUGGAUCAUCAUGGAACUUGGCAUAUGUAUGCCUUAUAUUGAAUUUGGUGCAUGCCCCGACCCCCAGGGACAGAGCAACGCCCAUGUUCUCUUUAGCGUCUGUGUUUCGCCUACAGGCCGCAAUUUUUAAUGGAUCAUCUUGAAAACUUUUCAUACUUAUUCCUUAUAGCCUAGACAAGGGCUCUUUUAUUUUCGGUGCAUGCCUGACCCCCAGGGACAGACCCACGCCCAAUUUUUGUUUGUGUUGGUGUCGCCUACAGGCUGCAAUUCUUACCAGAUCCCUUUGAAACUUUGCAUACCUAUUCCUUAUACGCCAAGGAUGCCCCCCGUUGUUUUUGGCGAAUGCCCGAUCCCCAUGGGCAGAACCACACCCAUUUUUCUUUGUGUGUCUGUGUUUUACCUAUAGGCCACAAUUCUUAAUUCAUCGUCUUUGAAAUUGGCAUAUGUAUUACUUAUAGCCUAAGGACGGCAACUAUUGAUCUUGAUGCAUGUUCCGAUCCCAAGGGACAGAGCCACACCCAAUGUUUGUGUGUUUAACGUAUACAGGCCGCAUUUCUGAUUGGAUUAUAUUGGAACUUGGUAUGCUUGGACGGCAACUAUUGAUUAAGGUGCAUGACCCCCCCCCCCCCCCGCGCCCUUUGGCCGAUUCCCCGCCCACUGUUUGUUAAUAUUUUGUCUGUAAAUAAUCUACAAGUUGAAAUUUUUAACAGAUUUGGAUCGGCAUGAUUCAUCAUAGGGUUGUACCUAUUUAUAUUGGUCUAUGUCCAACCCCCAGGGGCAGAGCUACCCCCAAGUUUUGUGCUUUUUGUCUACAGGCUGGAAUUCUGAAUGGAUUAUCUUGGAACUUGGCCCAUCUAUUCCUUAUACCGUAAGGAUGGCAACUAUUUAUUUUGGUGCAUGCUCCGACCCCUUGGGGUGGUGUCAAACCCAUUUUUUUUGGUAUAGUCUAAAUUUUGGAAAAACAAACCCAACAUCUAGCCGUCUUUGUCUCUUGUUAUAUUACAGUCGUUGCAGCCAUUUCAUAUUUCAUUCUCUUCAUUUUAAAAAAUACCACAUCAAUCAAAGCAGUAAUGUGGACAUAUAUUGCAGGGUUAGCGAUGCUCUUGUGAAAGUCUUAUUCCGCCAGGGGGGUCACGCGGUUAAGUGGGUAAGACUCUGGCUCGUUAGCCUGGAGGUCGGGUGUUCGAUCCCUGCAUUCCCCGAGAAAGUUCAUCCAGAUUUUCCGGCGUGGUUUCCCCUUGUCAGUGAUGCAGGAUGGAGGGCCUGACAAGGACAGCUGUCUAGCCGUUCGAAUGGGACGGAAAACCGAUGUCCCGUGUACAUAUUGGCGUGCAUGUAAAAGAUCCCUUGGCAGUUGGAAUUCGAUAUAAGAGUAGGCCGUAGCGCCGCUGCCCGGGCAAAAUUUUCCUCAUAGCACACUGUAUGGUGUAUGCCCGUCUUCAUUAGCCCAGGUUAGGAGCAGAACAGUAGGACGUUAAACCCCAUUUCAUUUCAUUUCAUUUCUUAUUCCGCCAAUUAUCUCUUCUAUUCCGUCUUCAUUAGCCCAGUCGGAGCAGAACAGUAGGACGUUAAACCCCAUUUCAUUUCUGUCUGAUUUUAAAACUAAACUGUAUCUAACUUUAUUCCCUCAAAUUAACAGAGUUUUUCUAUGGUGAACGACAAUUUCAAUUUAUCCAUUGCAAGUUGCGUAAAAAUAAGAUUUGGAAUGAACACCUUUUACACAGUAGUAGUUUAGUACCGCACGUCGAUUUUCUUCAAACUGAUUACAACUAUAUUAAAGAUACAUUAUGGAAGAUUGGAUAAAGAGCUGGCAGUUCUCAUUAUAAUAGUUAAAUUCUAGAUAAUGUAAAGGGAAUAUGCUGAAAAUUUCAGUCAAAUUGAUCCACUCUGAACCGUGAUAUUAUCGUUUGAAUUUUAGGCCUAGCCUCGAUCAUCAUUACUAAAAUCGGUACGAUAAAAAACAUAGUCUCGAUUAUCCAUUUUUGGAUUGAAUCAUCAAUGAGCGUUGAGCAGCAAAUCUGAUUCAAAUCCAGUGAAAAUCCGACACAUAAAAUGGCACUAGAGUUGAUUAAGCUCUUUUCAUGUUCAUAAAUGUUGAAUUUAUAGUUUAUAUAACAUUUCAGACCCAACGAAAGUCCUGCAAUAGGCAGAUUUAGCUUGUGCAUAAUGUAUGUUUAACUUAACAAAGCAUUUUACUCCGUAAAUUACAAGCUUGUGUUGAGGUAUAUAUUAUUUCAUUAUUUGUACCAUAACUUAAUAAUGUAAAUUAUGCUGUGUCUAUAUAUAUUACUUAAAACUGUACAUAUUAUACUAUUUACACUUUAGCCACAAAGACGCAAAUUUGUUUUGUUUUUCUUUUUGUAGCCUGUUCUUUGUGCCUUUCAUUUGUACAAUAUUUUCGAAAUAAAUACUGUUUAAAUAUAACAAAACUAUAGCCUGUUCACAAAACUUUUCGGCGAAGGGGAGAUAACUGCGGAAAGGGUAGUCGUGGAACGCUGGAUAUUGAUAGGGUUCACUUUAAAAUCAAAUUUUAGAAAUAAAUCCGUUAAA